UGAGUUUGGUGUGAACGGCCCCUAAUACAAUGAGCAUGCGCACUGCGCAGGAUCUCGGUACUAUCUAGAGUGGAGUCAUAUAAACAAUUCAGACUUUCUCAAGUAGAUAUCGUGUGUUUGGCGUUAAUAGAUCGGCCAUGCAGUUAUUUGUACGUGCCCAGACAUUGCACUCUAUUCAGCUGAAUGGGUCAGAGACUGUUGCUCAUAUCAAGGCUCAGAUUGAGGCUUUGGAGGGACUUGUCUGUGAUGAUCAGAUCAUUUCACUCUGUGGGGUACCCCUCCAGGAUGAGGCGUUGAUUUGUCAGUCUGGUAUUGAGGAGUUCAGCACUCUUGAUGUCUCAUCAAGACUGUUGGGAGGCAAAGUCCACGGCUCCCUGGCUAGAGCAGGAAAAGUCAGAGGCCAAACCCCAAAGGUGGACAAGCAGGAGAAGAAGAAGAAAAAGACAGGCAGGGCAAAGAGGAGAAUUCAGUACAACCGACGCUUCGUGAAUGUUGUGCCUACUUUCGGGAAAAAGAAGGGACCCAAUGCCAACUCAUAAAUUGCUGUUCAAAACUUAAUAGAUGUUUACUGGAAUCCGUAGCAUUUCCGUUUGCCUGAUCAGUAGGACAUUCCUGUUGGGAGAAUUGUAAUAUAAAAGCAAAUUAAUUUGUACACUUGGCUAGAGUGAUGUUUUCUGUAAGCUGAAUCAUUGGAAUCUCUUUGUGAAGUCAUAAUCAAGAAAGAGACUUUCAAAUAAAGACAUUAAAUGAAA